UCUUUGUAGCAGCUCUGUGGGCUGACAUUUUGUAUAGACUUUAGAGAGGGCUAGCGUGUCCAGAAUUGAUUGUGUAAUUUCGUGUAUAUUUUAGAAAACUGAGUGUAUAUUUUAUCGUGUUGUGCUACCGUGAUAUAUGUUCUACCGGAAAUAGUCGGUAUUUGUACCGAAAGUUGAUCGAGCUGCUCGAAAAAUCCAUGCGAAAAACUUUCAUCCCGGAAGGCGAUAAUCUAAAGAUAACUUUUUUUAUUCCCCCUGUGACUGCACUGCGCGGCGUGUCCUAAGAAGAAAAGAGAACAAGCAAAAAAUAAAAUGGCUCCACCGCACAAGAAAUACCGGAAGAACCAGUCCAAGGGGCCGUACUACUUCUUCAUGAUGGAGUACCGGAAGAAGCAGGAAGCGGCCGGGCAUGUCUUCCGCGGCGGCAACCACGAAGUCCAGCUAAAGGCGUCCCCGAUUUGGAACUCCAUGGCGCCCGAUGAGAAAACUAAGUACAACGAGAUGGCCCGGGAGCAUCGCGAGUGGCUCCGGGACAACGGAGAAAAGUACACCUCCCAGGGUGUACCGAUUUCGGUCGUCGAAGCGGAACAGAAAGCCAAAGUCCAAAAGGGCGAACUGAUCCGAAAUACCAUCAGCACCAUGCUGGACAACGGCAUCGCCAACAACGAGUUGGAAAAGGUCGAGUUCUAUUUCAUAUCCUUUUCAUAUUUUUGCGUAACAUCCGGGGGCACUUAUAUUCCGGCCGAAAUGGGUGUGGUGCGCUACAGUUUGAAAGACGGUGUCAAGGAUAAGUUGCACAUGUUUAUCGAUCCUGGCAAACUUCCGCUGGGCAUGGCCUAUGAAGCGAAACAACACGCCGAAAGCGACCAUCAGCUUCCGAUCCCGCCAGAUGCCAUGGGGGAGAAGGAUAACGAUGAGAUUAUCCUGCGGCUUUUCAGCUUUCUUUCGAACCAGGAAAAACUACCGCCUCUAUUUACCGAUGCUCCUGAUAUCAAGGUGGUAGAAAAUAUCCUGAAGGGUAUUCUGGCUCAGGGUGCCAUGGACGAUAAUACUUUGCUGGUUUGCCCGAUGGCCGAACUGUUUUAUCAACUGAAACGUGCCACCGAGAGUUUUGGCAUGGACAUCAAAACGUUCCCUUCUGUGCACAUUGCACAGGCCAUCAUUCAGAAGGACGUGUACGAGUACACGAAAGAUAUUGCAUGCGACUACCACGAAGAGCUGGGCAACGGCAAGUAUUGUCCGCUUUCUAAAUGUGUCCGAUGGGCGUUCAUUAUUUCCGACAGUUGCUGUCUGGAUUUGAGCAUCGAGAUGAAACCGGGCAAACAUUUGCCCAAGAACGCUGACACGGCCCUCUGCAGCACUACCGUGGGCGAUACGAGCACUGUGCUCAGCAACCAGAUGGAUAACUGCUCGUUCGUUUCCUCGUCGGAGGUAACACAUAUAACGAACCCGAGAAUGAACAAGCUCCCGCGGGACCACUACGAUUCGUUCGACGACAAGGGGUCCAAGUUGUAUAGCCAGAGCUAUGGAAUAAAGCCUGGGUCGUCUUCGUCGAGCUAUCGCUCCAGCCGGGACUACGAGUCAACUAGGAUCAAGGAUGACCCGGAUGCAAAAUAUGACGGUUACAGCAGCAGCAGUAGCCGACAUGACUCCCGAGACCCGCGAUACUCACGCGGUUCAACUUCUUCGUACCGUGGAUCUUCGCCGUCUCGAAGCUCUUACGAUAGUGGCUAUCGCCGGGACAAAGAUUCCUACAGAGAUUCACGAGAUCGCGACUCUUACAGGGAUUCUCGAGAUUCUCGAGAGCGGGGGCGUGAUUCGUACCGAGAUCGCGAUUCGUACAGAGACCGGGACAGUUAUAGUCGGCGCGGUCGCGAUUCUCCCGAUUACAGUGACUACAGUUCGUCCCGAACAGUCAAGCAGGAACGUCGUUCACCCGAUUCGGACCGCGGUCGCUCGUCGCGUCGCCGGGUAAGUGACGACGAUUACUCUCCGGUUCGCGUUAAAGACGAACGCCGUUCGCCGAGUCCGGGCGCCUCGAGCAGCCGUCGAGAAGACCGCCGCAGAUCGCCACCGGCUUCAACAACCUCGUCGUCGUACAGUGCCGUUACCGGGUACGGGCGUGGUUCACUGUACAGGCCACCGGCUUCCCCGCCAGGAAGCAGCCAAUUUUCCACUAGUGACUUUCCCGAGCUGGGAGCAGGUCGUGGCAAAUUGAGCAAAUAAGAAAAAAGAAAUUUUACUACAUAUAUUGACAAUCGAAAUGAACAUCUUUUCGAAGGAACCGAUUUUGCUAGCCCUCACACAAACAAAACACAGAUACCUUUAAGAGAACCCUCUGGUGAAAUCAAUCAUUUCAAACCAGUCUAAAUUUACUAACUUUGAAUUGUAUAUUAAGCUCACAAAGUUUUAAUCUGUUCGUAUCAUUUCACGUAAUCUCUUCAUGUAUAUUUUUUUUGUGUUUUUUUGUAUCCUUUUAUGUUUUUCAAACAACAUUUACCUAUGAUUUUACCAUAUUCUGCACCCAUUUGCUAACUAGGCUUAUCAGUUUUUUUUGUACACUGUAAGUAAUUUUUGUGACAACCAGAUUUUGAAGAAAGUAAAUAUCCCAGAAAUUGGUCCUUAUUGUCCAAAUAAAAUAAUGAUAAAAUAUAAACUAUGAUAUGAAAAAGAAAAAUUAAAUCUUACUGGUUUCCCCUUACUAAAUUCCAAAAUGAUGAGAGCUACGCCGCAACGCUUUUCUUACUACGAUAAGAAUCAAACUACAAUUUGAAAGAUAAGUUCACUGUCGUUCAAGUCUUGAAAAAAAAACGAAAAU